GAGCAGCCGCCGCUGCCCCCGGACCGAGACCGGAUUCUUCUUCGGACGGUCCCGACCUUGCCAAGGAACAUGAUGUGGCGGCGAGGAGCAGCAGAUCGGCAAGGCGGCGGCGCUUGCCAGGGCGGCUGAAUGUCCCGAUCCCAUCCCACCAUCAAAACACACACACCCCGCCUCCCUCCCUGGAGUCCGGAGCAGGGCAGUUAGUGACUGAUGGGAACCUGUAGGCAAGGAGUAGCAGCGGUGACGGCAGCAGCAGCAGCAGCAGUAUGGAGUGGGAAUUCAACUUGCUCCUCUACCUGGCGCUUUUCUUCCUCUUGCUCUUCCUGCUCUUCCUGCUGCUCUUCGGGGUCAUCAAGCAGCUCAAGAACUCCGUGGCCAGCACGGCGGGCGGCCAGCCCGGGAGACACUCCUUGCGCGAGCCCUGGGGCUUCUUCCGAGAGCAAGCCCUAUGACGGAGCCCCGCGCCGGGGGGAAAGGGCUGCUGCGCAACUCCGGCUCUAGGGGACGCUGCGGAGGACCUCUCAGGCCACGACGCCACCGCCUGGUAUCCCCCCUCCAUCCCCCCUGCAAACAUUCGGUGGGGAGGAGGGGGGCUCUAGAUACGGGAGCCAAGACACAGAUACCUAACUGAAGUUUGCAAAGUGACCAACCUGAUAUGUCUUGUUUACUUCCAGUGAGCUGCUAAUCUACAAAAGACAUGGUGUCAAUGAUUUGCUCAGUUGAGAUGGACUCCCCUGUGCCACUAGGCAUUAGGACAGGAAUGCCAUAUCACUUGUCAUUGAACAUAAUAAGACUAUGCUCUUUGGAGAAAGGCAAUCUGGUUGAAAAGGCAGCUGUGCUUGGAGACUGGACAAGUCGCGGAGUCAACCGAUAAUGGCCAUGCAACGUAGCAAAACUGAAUGUGUUUUAGUGGUGAACUGCAACCUGCAUUUUAAAAUGCCUAUCAUGUUCUUUUUCUUUUUCUUAUUUGCCAAUUCUCACAAAU